AUGAGUACACAGAUUUCAAUUAAAUCCAGUUUGAUGAUACAACCAAAAGAGAAGACUAUUAUUGUUGAAGAUUGGAAUGGAGUGAGAAGUUGUACUUACUAUUUUUGGUCUUCUGUUCAAGACACUUUCUUUUUUGUAAAAAGAUUAGUACUAUCAUUCAAACACCCUUUACAAGCAUUGAAAAGACUCUUUACUAGUCCAAUUAUUUGUUGUUUUGUAUUUAUGAUUCUUUGUGGAUUACUUAAUGGAUUAUCAAUUUCAUUUGCACAAGAAUUCCAAAGACAAUGGUAUAGAUCACAUCCAACAAUUCAUUUUAAAGAAUUUGUUUUAGAUGAUCUUCUUUUCUCUAUCUUUUCCUUUAGAGAUUUGAUUGGAUUUGCAGAUAAAUAUCUUGGAUUUCUUGUUGUAAUAAUGGUAUUUAGAUUCUUUUUAUCUAAAGGAAGAUUAAUAGUCUUAAGACGAUUUGUUACCUUAAUGGGAGUAAUGUUCUUAGUUAGAAUAAUUUGUGUUUAUAUGACACUACUAAAUGAUCCUUCUAUUAAUUAUUCAGAUGUAACAGGAAAUCCAUUAAUUGAAAGUUUCCUUAUAUCAGGAGGUAUUCAUAUCUCAACAGUAGAUAAGAUGUUUUCAGGACAUACUGGCUCAAUAACAUUAACUGGAAUGUUUCUUAUUUAUUAUCAUGACCAAUAUCCUAUCUUUCAUUCUAAAAGACUUCAUUAUUCAUUAUCUUUAACAUUCAAAAUUAUUGUUCUUUUAUAUGUUGCAUGUGGUUGGUGUUUAUUUACUAUAGUACGUAUUCAUUAUACUUCAGAUGUGUUUGUAGGAAUUAUUUUAGCUUCAACAGUUUUUUGUCUGUAUCAUUCUUAUAUUCCACUUGCACAAACAAAAAAUAAUACCUUUAAUUAUAUUCUUUGUUGGAUUGAGCAAGAUGCUGACGAUAUUCCAGAAAUUCAAUUUAUCAAACAAGAACAAGUUCAAGAUAAGACAAAACUAUUAGAAUCAAUUGAAUUAGAAUAA